UUUUGCUGUUCAAAUUAUUUAUACCGAACACAUUUUGAUUCUUCAGAUUUCAGAUAGAGCUGUACAAUACUUGCCGGCCGGCUGGCAGCAUUGACAGAAAUGGUGAUGAGUAAUCCGCCGGAGAAAGACAGAGAUCGGAAAAUGUUGAUGGGUGCUGUCUGGAACUGUGUGGCGGAGUUCAAGCUCUUCCUCACUGCACUCUUCUUCCUAUGCUCUCUCGUCACCGUCUUCCAGUUUCUCUCCUCCCGCUUCUCCGUCUUCCCCUCCGACCUUCGCCACUGUCUCGCCGGUACUCUCACUGGUAAUAUCACAACAUCCUCGUCGGUGCUACCAGAUUUGCCAUCGGCUGUUCAACUUCUGCAGCAGCGGCAGAAACAACAAGACCAAUUGUUGGAAAAUGGUGUCAUCAAGCGGGCUUUCAAUUCCUAUGGCUCAGCUGCGUAUAAUUUCAUUCUGAUGUCGGCUUACAGAGGUGGCGCCAACACUUUCGCGGCUGUUGGGUUAUCUUCAAAGCCUCUACAUGUCUUCGGCAAGCCGAGCUACCAAUGCCAGUGGAUCCCACACGAGAAUCCCGAUUCCACCGUCAUCACCCCCGGACAGAAGAUCCUCCCUGACUGGGGCUACGGCCGCGUCUACACCGUCGUCGUUGUGAACUGCACUUUCCCGACCCCAACUGGCGGUAAGGGUGGCAAGCUGCUAAUCCACGCAACCACCAACGGCGGCGGUGACAGUAACUUCAACAUCACCGACUCUAUUGUCGUCCUAGACGAAAUCCCCGAAGAAUUUGCGAAUUUCACCUUGCAAUUCAACUCGCAGCCAAAGUACGAUUAUCUGUAUUGUGGGUCGUCUCUGUACGGGAACUUGAGUCCUCAGAGAGUACGAGAGUGGCUGGCUUAUCACGUCAAAUUACUCGGAAGCAAGUCCCAUUUUGUUAUACACGACGCCGGCGGCGUACACUACGCUUUAAUGGAAGUGCUAAAGCCAUGGAUGGAGAAAGGAUUCGUGACAUUGCAAGAUGUCAGGGAGCAGGAGAGAUUUGAUGGGUACUAUCACAAUCAGUUCCUCAUAGUAAAUGAUUGCUUGCAUAGGUACAGAUUUGCAGCCAAAUGGAUGCUGUUCUUUGAUGUGGAUGAAUUCAUUUUCAUGCCUAAGAACGGGACCAUCCAAUCGGUAUUCGAUUCGCUCUCUGAUUUUACCCAAUUCACCAUCGAGCAAAUGGCGAUGUCCAACAAGCUCUGCCUCUCCCAGGAUGCUGGUUCAGCUAUCAGAAAAUGGGGAUUCGAGAAGCUGGUAUACAGGGACGUAAAGAGAGGCAUUCAUAGGGAUCGGAAAUACGCAGUGCAACCACGGAAUGUAUUUGCAGCCGGGGUGCACUUGUCGCAGAACUUAAUAGGCAAGACAACAUACAAGACAGAGGGACAUAUAAAGUACUUCCAUUAUCAUGGAACCGUUGCCGAACGCCGCGAACCAUGCCGGCAGCUCGUGAAUUCGACACAAGUCACAGUCGAUGGGAUUCCAUACAUUCUCGACACAACUAUGCGCGAUAUUGCUGGAAUUGUGAAGAGAUUCGAACUCAAAAUGAUUGGCUCUAUAUUACAAAGAACGCGGCAAUAAUUAAUGAAAUUUUUAUUUCAAUCGACACCUGAAGCUGUGACUGUGAAGGCAUUAUUUUAUUUAUUUAUUUAUUUUUGUAUAAUAUAACUAGACAUUUUUUUUUUCAUUUUUCUUUUAUUAUUUGAUACAUGGAUACAGAUACAGGCCUUACAGAUUUUAGGUGUAAAGAACAUUGCAUGUUUGAUUC